CCCAUUGAGAAAGCAAGAAAAACAAAACCUGUUACAAGCAUGUAUGGUCAAGCAAAAUGAAUUCCCUCAGGGGCCAUGUCAAGAAAUGUCUCAAUUUGUACCGAGUCCAUCCUCUGAAUCCAUCCUCUCUCCAUGCAGGUGAUUUACGCCCUGAACGCGCGCCACGAUGAGUACGAGGCCAGCGUGGAGGCCCUGCGAGAGGCGCACCAAGACGAGCUGGAGAGCGCCGUGGCCGAGACCAGGGCCGAGCUGCUGCAGGGCCAGGGCGGCGCGGCCGAGCGCGGCCUGCAGAAGCGCGUGCACGCGCUGGAGAGCGCCCUGGAGGAGCAGAAGAGGCUGACGGAGGAGGCCCUGGCCGAGUCCGCCCUGUACAAGAAGCAGGCCCAGGACCGAGAGCCCGGAGCCGAGGCGCCCGCGUCCCCGGAGGCGCCGGGCCCCGACCGGAGCCCCCCGAAGGAAGGCCCGGGCCCGCAGGCCGACGCGGCCCCGAGCCACCGCGAGGAGAUGCAGAGGGCGCACCGGGAGCUGGAGAAGCUGCGCGCCGAGAACCGGCAGCUGAGCAAGGACUACGCGCUGCAGGCGCAGCAGCUGCAGGCCGGCUACGAGCGGGAGAGCGAGGCGGCGCGCGAGGCCGUGCAGCAGGCCGUGGCCGAGGCCCUGCGGCGCUGGCAGCAGGACGAGGCCGAGCUCCGCAAGGCCUUCCAGCUGCAGGAGAUGGCCCUGCAGGCCCAGGUCCGCAGGCUGGAGGCCGACCUGCAGGCCAAGAGCCAGCGCGUCAGCGACCUCAAGAAGUACUCGCUCAAGCUCAAGGAGAAGAUCCAGGACUUGGACGUGCAGCUGAGGGCAGCGCAGCGGGAAAACCUGGAAUCCAAGAGCACGGCCAAGCUCCUUGGCGAGAAACUGGCGGCGGCCACGGAGAAGCUCACGCUGCAGGAGCGCCGCGUCCUGCAGGAGACGGAUGAGAUGAAGACCUUGCUCAGCUCCCAGAGUGACGCGGGUGUCUUCAGAGCCCCCAGUUUCUGCCGGCAGCAGGAGCAGCAGCCCCCCACCGAGUGCGCAUGCACCCAGAGGAGUGAAGGAGCUCAGUCCCAGGAAGCUGGAGCUUCUUUGGAGAGAGAAUACGUGAAGCAGAAACAGGAGCUGCAGCUUCAGAAAAUGCGGCACCAGACGGAGGAGAUGAGAACGCACCUCAGGGAGCAGCUGGUGAAGGGCCUGGAGGACCUGGUGAAGAAGCACUCCGUGGAAAUCAAGGCUGCGCAGUCCUCGGUGGAAGUGGACAGAAAGAAGCUACAGAAGGAGGUUCAAAAGCAGUUGGAGGAAAUGAAGAAGAAAUCUGAGAAUGAAAUGAAACGCCUGGAAGAAGAGAAAGCCGCCCUGAACAUGAAGCUUCAGGAUUCCUUGCUUGAGGAACAGUGCUUCAAACAGAACGAACUUUCUAAGACACCACCUGAGGGAAGAAAAUGCCAAGAACAGUUGGCAGAAGAAACAGAAACUGGCCCCAAAGAGGAAGAAAGGCAGGAGAGCCCCGAGAGGCCGUGGAGAGAGCGCCAGCAGCCCCGGCUCCUGAAGGAGGAGGCGUCCCAGACACAGUGGCUCGAAGACUGCCCGGCCCAGAGGGCCGCGCUUCAAGCUCAGAUUUUGCAGAUGAAGCAAGCCCUGGAGCGGGCGGCCCACAGCCACCGCGAGGACCUGCAGGAGCUGAAGCAGCGCUCCGACAGGGAGCGCGAGGGCCUCUUCCGGGAGCUGCAGGACCACAUCCGGCAGAGCCAGGCCGCCAAGGCCCAGCUGGAGGCCUCCCACCAGGAAGCCCUCAGGACCAUGGAAGACGCCAAAAGCCAAGAACUGAAGGAGGUCGAGGAGCGCCUGAAGAAGGAGUUCGGCCACACGGUCCAGAUGCAGCUUCAGUCCCACCAGCGGGAACUCCAGGCCCUGGAGGAGAAGGCCAGCAGAGACCUGCAGGGGGAGCGCGAGCGGGCACAGAAGCAGCAGACACUCCUGCUGGAUUCCCUGAAGCUGGAGCUCGCCGAGCAGCACACGGCCUUUGUCAGCCAAGAGGAGAAAAUCGAGGAGCUGGAGGCCGAGCUGAAGAACCUGAGGGGGCUGAAGAAGCAGCAGGAAGGGAGCAGCCAGAGCCAGAUCAGCGCGCUGGCCGGGACCGUGGAGAAGUGCCAGCGAGAGAUGGCCGGCCUCAAGAACGAGAACUCACUCCUGAAGGAGACCCUGCAGCUGCUCAGCGCGGAGGCGGAGAUGCAGAAGCAGGGGGCCGUGCAGCUGCAGGAGAGGGAGAGGCAGCAGCGCAGGUUGCUGGAGGAGGACCUGCAGGUCAAGCACAAGCAGGAAGUAGAGACCCUGAAGCAGGACCACCGGAAGGAAAUCCAGAGCUUGGUGUCCAACUUCAGCAGCACACAGGCUCACCUGCAGAAGAAGAUCGUCUCCUUGGAAACGGACCUCAAAGACGCCCAAGAGAAGCUGCGGAAAUGGGAGUCGAGGUCCGAAGACUUGCACCUCAUCAGCAUUUUGCAGAACCGGCUGAGUGAGCGCGAAGAGAUCAUCAAGCACUUAACAGAGGAAAGGAGGUUUCAGUGUGCAGCCCUCCCCAACACUCUGUCUCACCGGAACAGGUCUUUUUCUUUCAACCCUCAUCCAGGCUACCUGACCCCCUCCAUAAAGAAAAAGAAAAUGGAGGAAGUUCCCAGCCGGGUGGUCAGUGUGCCAAACUUAGCCUCCUAUGCAAAGAAUUUACUGAGUGGUGAUUUGAGUUCCAAGAGAAAUGCUGCACCAAUAACCAAAUCACCAAGCUUAGACCCAAGUUCCAGCUGUGUUAGGGCUGGUCAUCAACCAAUCAAAUCUCCAGAUGCUAAAACUGCCACAAGGACUGAAGACAAUGAAACAACUCAAGCCAAAGAAGUCCAAAAACAAGGUUCUCAGCAUCAGGAAUGGUUUACAAAAUACUUUUCAUUUUAGACUUUUAAACAUAAUCUGAAAGAUAACGUUUGAGAAAAACAUUUUUUUCCUUCAAUAAUGUCCAAUUUGGGAAUGGAUUGGAAAAGAAAAGGUAACUUUUGCUAUGUAAUGGUACUUCAUAGCUUAGAAGAACUUUAGGAGAUUAAUAUUCUAUAAUGAGUUCACUAAGGAAGUUCCUUAGAUCAAGGUCAAGGUAAGAUCAUUUUCCUUCCUACUUGAAUACCACAACAAAUUAUUCAGUGUUAAUCAGAAAGCACUCAUUGGGAAACUUUCCAUAUGGGUUUUGUGCCACAUUUUUGGUGUUCACCAUUUACGGAAUGUUGGUCCUUGCAAAUUGUGUAAUUAGUUGGCUUUAUUUGUGGUUUUGUUGUUCCAGAAAGUAAUUUUGUGACUUUGAGAAAAGUGAUUGGGCUAGAAACAUGUUUUCUGUAAGCCAAUUCUGUGGAGCACGUCACCACAAUAAAAGGAGUAAAAGUCAUUUUCAUUGAUAAGAAGCUAAUCGAUACCCGUAGAGGCCGUAGAGCCAUUUAUCUCAUUGUGACUGCACUGCAUGGAACUUCUGUACAUUUAAAGGGUAAAUGGUUUGGGGUGAAUCAGGCCCCACUUAUACUGGUGGGCCGCUUCCUAGCAUUAGAUGUUUUCACACACUUUUAGUUUUUCCAUUAAAUCUACUUUGCACCUGGCAGAGCUAUGGGAUUUGACAGGACCCAACACCUCUUACGAUCCAAAAUAACCUCAGCCCUUUGGUGCUGGCCUAAUGGUGCUCCAUGAAACCAAUUCCGGUAGAUGAUGUUUACUCCUCUCUGUACUGGGCACUUGCCGAGACAACCAAUCUGCCUGUACUGCCACUUUUUAAGUCUUUGUUCUGAAUAAAGCCAACAGCUGGGAAGUCAAAAUGGUUCUGUUGUGUGUUCUUCAGCAGAAAGCUGAUGUUCCGAUCCACAGCAGAGGCUGGAAAGGGA